AUGGCGAUGCAUCGACGUGGGUCUGUUGUGACAUAUGUUCGAGAAUAUGUAGAGGUAGAAAGCGAAAGCGAUAGCAAAAGGAGAAAAAAAGCUGAAGAGCGUCUGCUGAAUCGGGCGGGUUUUACCCUGUCGGAAUGGACCCGACCCAGGUCCACCUGCUCUAAAAGGAAAGACGAAGAGGGAAUUAGGGUGUGGAGAAAUCCUCUGCCCUGCGACUCUCUCAUCCCUCCCUCUGCACUCCGCCAGGUCAAUACAGAUGCCGGCCACUACCGGCUCCGCCACCAUUUUCUCCCCCUUCUCCUUCCCCACGAAAGCAUCAGCUCGCUCUGUCUCUCUCUGCGGUUUGCCUUGCGCCGGCCGACCGCCGCUUGCCGAAGUCCGUCGCCACCGUCUCCGAUCUUCUCUCUGUUCUCUUUCAAGCCGGACACCACCACCACUUGUCGGCCAUCACCGCCUACUUCAUCUCUCCUUCCGCCCAUCUCCUCUCUCCAUCGCGAACCAGUAGCCAUCAUCUCCUCGUCUUCUCCGUUCUCUGACGGCCACCGCCGCUGCCACGGCGCAACCACCAUUAAAGGCGACGACCACCGAGGGAUACCAGCAUCACCGACCACCUCAGCCAUCACCGUCUCCGUUUUCCAGCGCCGCACAGUCGCUGGUCAGACCGUCGGUAUAUAUAUAUUGUAUAUACACUUACAGGGGACGCCACUGGUGAUGGAGGAAGAGGCGACGAUUGAGGCUGGAGGCGGCACCUGAUGGCGAUUGCAAUAAUGGAGGAGGGUCGACGAUGCACGACGACUUGUGGUGAUAGAUCUGGAUCCAGAUGCAGCGAUGGCGUGACCCACCAACACUUUGGCUACUUGCGGCAACCCAGCUAGACGACGACGACGACGACGACGACGGUUAUGGAGGAGGGGUGACGGCGGUAGCGGCAACGACAAUAAUGGCUGAAGCGGAGGGAAGAUGAUGGGAUAGGGUAUAAUAGUCUUUUACUUGGUCAACAUAGUAGCAUUUUGUGCAAAAGCUUGGGGGUACUAGCUUUGCUCAAACGCUAUUAUAGUAGUGUUUAAGCUACCUAGCAUUUAAGCUAAUUUGGUUUCCCAAACACUUCACUCAAAAAUGCUGUUUAACUUAAACGCUGCUUAUGCAGCUUAUAAGCGGUCAAACCAUUAAGCCAAACAACCUCUUAGAUCUACUAAAAUGGAUAGUAGUCCAGGAGAAGGUAUGGGAUCUUGAGAAUUGAAUUGACAAAUCCCGAAGCUAUUGCUAAAGGUGCGAUUUAUGUGUAAUACUUGGCGAAGAAUGUAUUGUGUUUCA